AUGGCCUCCAAAAACGCCUUCCUCGACGGACGGUGGGUUCCCGCCGAUUCUCGCAUCACCUACCAGAACUUCAAGCAUUGGGAGGCCGCAAUGAGACAAUCCCACGAAAUGGCCCAGACCCAGGCCGACGGCCAGCACCUUCGGCAGCUUUCCAUGUGCGGCCCAGCCUCUCCCACCUUCACUCCCCAAACCGGCUGCGACAAGCAGUCCGAGAUAGUCCACGAGACCAACCCCGAUGCCAUAGUGUUCCACUUGGCCAGAAACCGCCCUGCCCUCGACGCGCUCCGGCGCACCCGCAAGAUGCGAUACCGCCACAACCUCAAGUUCCUCGCCGCGUCGUUCCCGCUCGCAGACGAGCAGGCCAAGAAGGACAAGCAGGCCAGGAAGGCGGCUGAGAAGAAGGCUGAGGAGGCCCAGGGCUUGACCGCCGCCGAGAUCCUCGCCCAAAAGGAGCUCGCCAAGAAGAAGAUUGGCGAGAAGACGGUCGAGGAGCUGAAGUACAUCAGGGAGAUGAAGGCGGCGAAGGUGAAGGCCGCUGCGACCGAGCGAAUCAAGGAUAAGGAGGCGAAGAAUGGCAUCACGGGAAAGGGUACGGAGAAGGCCACCGGAAAGAAGGUGAAGAGCGCGGCGCGCAAGAGCGCAGAGAAGGCGGUGCAACGGAGCACCAGCCUGAUGCCGCCAAAUGUCUUUGCGAUGAAGACGGCGGAGAAGGUGGCGCAAGGUGGCUUUUGCCCGAUGCCGCCAAACAUCUUUGCGAUGAAGGCGCCGAAGAGGGCUGGAAAUAGCAUCGAGGAGGCUGAUGGAGAGAGUGCUGAGGAGACUGCGCCAAAGAGCACCGGAAGCACCGCGGGAAGGAAGUCUGGAAAGAAGACCCUCAGGGCCAAGAUGAUGCCCAAGAUGAAGAGAUGGUAG